GGCAUAAGGAGCUGGAGCCCCUCAGAGUGGCUGAGGUGGCCGCCAGCAUCUGCAUGUCCCAGCAGAGAGUGGAGAAGUGCAUCCAGGGCACCACGACCCUGAUCUCUUGCUGCCUGGGGAAGGGGGAGAACAUCGCCCUUGUCCUCAAAGACAUCGGCGUGCUCCUCAUUGAAGGCACAAGAGUCCAAAUGAAAUUUUAUUACGAAUUCCUGGAGAUGCUCUCUGGGAAGGAGAACCUUGAGAAGGCCGUUUUCAAGGUCCCUCAGCUCAGAAACAUGUUGGUGUCCCGGAUGAAGCCUCUGGCCUCCCUGACCUUCUCGGGCCGCGUCAUCAUCUUUCCCGAGUUUCAAAUGGAGAGCGUGCAAAAACCAGCACCCCAGGACCACAGCAAGGCCCAGAGCAAGGAGAAGAAGAAAGGAGAAGGGGGCCUGAUGCCUCAUAUGGAAGCUAAACCCCCAGUGUUGGGGGGCUAA